AUGUCAAAAAGUAUACAAUCAUUCAUCAUGAUUGUACUACCAUUGAUGGUUGUUACACUACUUUCAAUGUUUGGUGGUGUCAAUGCUAUAGCACAACCCCCACUACUUCCUAAUCAAUUGCCAAAGGUUCAAUAUUUGGUUCAACUAUUUCAAUUACAGAGUCUGUAUCCAGACACGGCAUCAUAUUGUCAAGACCCACCACUAGGCCCACACUUUAUAUGUGUUCCUACCAAUAUAACACAACAAUCGAUUAUGACUCAGAUAAAUCUUACUGGUACAGGUGUCGAAGUACUCCCAUCAAAUCUAAUUACAAAUCAAGAUUUUGGUAUACUCUUUUCAUUAUCUUUAAAAGAUGUGAUUGUUUCAGAUGUAUUUUUUAGAGGUGUUUUAAAUGCAACUACUGAAUUUACAUGUAUAAAUUGUAAUAUUCAAUCAUUUCCACCACUUAGUAAUUCUAUGACGACUAUAUUAUCCUAUUUAAAGUUGGUUGAUAAUCCUAUAUCGGGGCCUAUCAAUAUAACAAAUAGUCUUUUAGGAAAAAUCAUCAUCUAUUCAACCAACACUUCACAUAUACGAGACACUAAUUUUAUUCUUGAAAAUACAAACACUGCUUUAAAAUAUUUAGAGAUUCAAACCAAUACCAUUGGUUUUUCAAUAUCACAAGUUCCAAAUCUUUUAUUUUUGACUAUUUAUUUUGGACCAAAUUUUGAUAUUGACACAAUUGAUGAAAAUUUUAAAUAUAUUGGACAUGAUCUUAACUUGAUUGUAUUUAAAGAUUUAUUUCCAAAUCCAAUGAAAACCUAUUUAUUCCCAAAUAUAAAUUUAAUCAAUUGUACAGCCGGGCUUGAAUUUUAUGAUAUCAACUUUCAAGGUGCAAAAAAUGUAGUUGAUCUCUCACAAUCACCAAAUCUUAGAACUUUAACCAUUAAAAACUCACCACUACUUGAUGAUGUUGUUUAUCCAGUUGGUGUUGGUAAAUUAUUUACUUUAAUGACAAUAUCAAAUUGUGGAUUAAAAGGAUACCCACAAUUUGAUGUUUAUUUCAAGAUGCCAGCAAUUAUAUUAGCGAAUAAUACCAUUUCACAACAACCACCGGUAUUGAAUGUUUUGGAUGUUGUGCCAGUUUCUGAUAAUCCGUCGACCAUUGAUUUCUCACACAAUCAAGCAACUGGACACUUGGACAAUAGUUGGUGUUAUGUUUCAUCAGACGUUAGAAACAACCAAUUGAGCGGACCUCUGCCAAACUGUUUUAUAUGUCAUGCAAUAAGGGACCCAUAUAUAGCAGCGUCGCUUGAAAACAACCAAUUCUCAAAUUGGCCCAUUCAAACUGGUCAGAAUACAACAUGUGAUUACCGUGUCAUACAACCAAUCAAUUAUAUGGAGGGGUCACUCUUUUUGACGCUGUUGGUUGUCAAUGGAGGAUGGAGCCCUUAUUUCGAGUCAUCGUAUUGUCGUUUGUUGUCGUCGCAAAUACCCAACUACUCGUAUUCGUGCAAGGUGAAUGCCUCGAUUGCUAGUCAAAUCAUGGCACAGGGAUACUUGCCCGUGACAUUCCCCGACACGCAACAAACUGUAAAUAUGGCAAUCAAGAUUGUUCCACCGACUAUUGAAAAGGUUAAUCAGUUUGUAGUCACCUUUCAAAAUACAAUGACACUCACCUACUUUGUCGAAGAGUUUCAAGAACCUGCCAACAGGACAUUUGCCGAUAUUCCCAUGUUCCUCGAUAAAGGUGCUUUAAAGAUGACCGUCAAUAUCACCAACUGGCCGUACCUCUCAUCAACCAACAAUAUCCAACUAUUAAUUGAAUCGUUUUCGAUGGGUAACCAUAGUUGUGAAGGCAGUGAAAUUGGUCGAUCGAUUACGACCAACUCUACAGCCAACUCGCUGCAAUACAUUAUGAUUGAAAGAAAUGGAAAGACUCUUUACGGUAGAUUCUUGGAUCGUGUACUAUCAGACAAUCGAUCAACCUUUUCACAAACGCUUGUUGUCAACCAAACCACUGAAAGUCUAUUCGUUGCCAUUAAUCUUCCCUAUGGUACGGAAUUGUUAAUUGACCCAGAUUUUAGUGUCAUCCUAUCUCGACCUGAUGACAUUGACCAAGAUGAAUGUUCUGCAUCCAACAAAAGUGAUAGACAAUGGGUUAUAGUAUCUGUAUCUGUAGUGGUAUCAGUAGUUGGUGUGUCACUACUCAUCAUCUCGGUUGUCAUUAUCAAAAAGAAACUUAUCAUCUCUUUCCGUAAUGGAUUUAAUAUUGUAUAUCGUGGUAAUUCAAAUGCUUCUUCAAAUGAAUCAAAAUUAAAACCUUUAAAUUCUGAUCUCUAA